CUCAUUUGUCAUACUUGGCUCCUCCUGUGCCGUGAUGUUCUUGACUGCACACCUACCUUUUAUUCUCCAGCUUCCCCUUUAAUUGUGCUGCAACUGCUCCCCUAGUGAGUCGGGGAGAGUCUGCGGCCCAAUGGAAGGACAGGUCGAGAAUGCUGGGAAUGUUGAGUGAAGCCUUGAAGCCAGUGAGGCUGUGAUGGGAGACCUGACAUUAUAAAGGCUCUACUCUCCAGGCCUUCCGAAUUGAACAGGGUAAAUAAUGCUGUAACCAAGGGCUGCAACAGUAGGAGGGUGCUUACAAGGCUGUAAUAUCACGCACGUUUCUACCUUGAGCCACAUCUCAUCAAGAGAGCUCUCUCCCAGUAGAUUGCUGAAGGAGGCAGAAAACCCAUCCAAGAUGUAUGGCAGUGCGAGAACAGUCGGGAAUAUGGAGGGCAGUCCCGCAAGGUCCCCUCGCUUGCCGAGGUCUCCCCGACUUGGGCACAGGAGAGCCAACAGUGGCAGUGGGGGAGGCGCUGGCAAGACGCUGUCUAUGGAAAACAUCCAGUCUCUGAAUGCCGCCUAUGCCACCUCUGGACCCAUGUACCUGAGUGACCAUGAAGGGGUGGCCUCCACCACCUACCCAAAAGGCACCAUGACUCUGGGCCGCGCCACCAGCCGUGCCAUAUAUGGUGGCCGGGUCACCGCCAUGGGGAGCAGCCCCAACAUCGCCUCCGUGGGUCUCCCCCACUCGGAGAUCCUCUCUUACGGUGACCUUGCCAUGCACCACCAUGCCCACCACCAGGUGCCCGCUGCCCUGCGCCAGGUGCGUGACAACGCCAUGCUGGACCUGCAGUCCCAGCUCAAGGACAUGCAGAGGGAGAAUGAGCUGCUCCGGAGGGAGCUGGAUGUCAAGGACAGCAAGCUGGGCUCCUCCAUGAACAGCAUCAAGACCUUCUGGAGCCCUGAGCUGAAGAAGGAGAGGGUGAUGCGGAAAGAAGAGGCCUCCCGCAUGUCUGUGGUAAAGGAACAGAUGAGGGUGACCCAUGAAGAGAACCAGCCAUUGGAUGUGAAGAGAACUAAGCACCUGCAGAUGACCAUCCAGGCCCUGCAGGACGAGCUGCGCACGCAGAGGGACCUGAACCACCUGCUCCAGCAGGAGAGCGGCAACCGCGGUGCCGAGCAGUUCACCUUCGAGCUCAACGAGGAGAACUUCCGCCGGCUGCAGGCCGAGCACGACCGACAGGCCAAGGAGCUCUUCCUCCUGAGGAAGACCCUGGAGGAGAUGGAGCUGCGCAUCGAGACCCAGAAGCAGACCCUGAAUGCCCGCGACGAGUCCAUCAAGAAGCUGCUGGAGAUGCUGCAGAGCAAGGGGCUGCCCUCCAAGGCCAUGGAGGAGGAGGGAGAGAGGGCCCGCCGAAUGGUGGAGGCCGAGUCGCAGGUCAGCCACCUGGAGGUCAUCCUGGACCAGAAGGAGAAGGAGAACAUCCACCUACGAGAGGAGCUGCACCGGAGGAACCAGCUGCAGCAGGACCCGGGCAAGACCAAAGCGCUCCAGAGCGUCAUAGAAAUGAAGAACGCAACACCUCCUUUCUGUUUCGAUCCCGAUGUGAUAUGGCAGGAUACCAAAAUUGCAUCACUAGAGAGAAAUAUAAGGGAUCUCGAGGAUGAGAUUCAAAUGCUGAAGACAAACGGAUUGCUAAAUACUGAGGACAGGGAAGAGGAAAUGAAACAGAUGGAGGUCUACAAGAGCCAUUCCAAGUUUAUGAAAAAUAAGAUUGACCAGUUGAAGCAAGAACUAUCAAAAAAGGAAUCAGAACUCCUUGCCUUACAAACAAAGCUUGAGACACUGAACAAUCAGAACUCAGACUGCAAGCAACACAUUGAGGUGCUGAAAGAGUCUCUCACUGCCAAAGAACAGCGAGCGGCCAUCCUUCAGACAGAGGUUGACGCUCUGAGAUUACGGUUAGAAGAAAAAGAAUCAUUCCUCAACAAGAAGACCAAACAACUCCAGGACCUUACCGAAGAGAAGGGGACGCUGGCUGGGGAGAUUAGGGACAUGAAAGACAUGCUGGAAGUCAAGGAGAGGAAGAUUAACGUCCUUCAGAAAAAGAUCGAAAACCUCCAGGAGCAGCUCAGAGACAAAGACAAACAGCUGACCAACCUGAAAGACAGAGUGAAGUCACUGCAGACAGACUCGAGCAACACGGACACUGCCCUGGCUACAUUGGAAGAGGCGCUGUCUGAAAAGGAAAGAAUUAUCGAACGACUGAAGGAACAACGGGAGCGAGAGGACCGGGAGAGGCUAGAGGAGGCCGAGUCCUAUAAAAAGGAAAACAAGGACCUGAAGGAGAAGGUUAACACUCUGCAGGCUGAGCUGACGGAGAAGGAGUCUAGUUUAAUUGACUUGAAAGAACAUGCGUCGUCUUUAGCUUCGUCUGGCCUGAAAAAGGACUCCAAACUCAAAUCCCUGGAGAUUGCCAUAGAGCAAAAGAAGGAAGAGUGUAGUAAGUUGGAAACACAAUUGCAAAAGCAAGCAGAGCACUUGUUCAAUCAGACGACUAAAAGUCCAACUCCGAACAGGAGUGACGGGAAACAAGCGGCUCAUGAAGCAGAGGAAGUGGCGAGGACGAACCCGGAGGUCAUGGAAAAGGUCAAGCUCCUGGAGAAAGAGGUGGCUUACUACAAGGAUGAGUCGGGGAAGUCCCGCGCUGAAGUGGACCGGCUUCUGGAGAUUCUCAGGGAAGUGGAGACGGAAAAGAGUGACAAGGACAAGAAGAUAGCGGAGCUAGAAAGACAAGCAAAGGACCCAAACAAGAAGGCGACUAACCUCAAGCACAACCAGCCAGUGGAGAAGAAACCAGGCCUGACGGACAGCAGUCAGCACCUACAACUGGAGGAGCUGAUGAAUGCCCUGGAGAAGACCAGGCAGGAGCUGGACGCCACAAAGCAGCGUCUCUCCUCCACCCAGCAGUCCCUGGCCGAGCGGGACGGCCACCUCACCAACCUGAGGCAAGAGCGCCGCAAACAGCUGGAGGAGAUCCUGGAGAUGAAGCAACAAGCCCUGCUGGCAGCAAUCAGUGAGAAGGAUGCCAACAUUGCCUUACUGGAGCUGUCUGGAUCCAAGAAGAAGAAGAGCCAGGAGGAAGUGAUGGCACUGAAGAGGGAGAAGGACCGGCUGAUGCACCAGCUGAAGCAGCAGACUCAGAGCCGGAUGAAGCUGAUUGCGGACAACUACGACGAUGACCACCAUCCUCCUCAUCACCUUCAUCAUCCUCACCAUGCCCACCCCCAACACCCUCAACAUGUCCAACAUCCCCACCCCCAACACCCACCACAUCCCCACCCCCAACAUCCACCACACCCCCACCCCCAACAUCCACCACACCCCCAGCACGCUCCCCACCCCCAACACCCACCCCACCCCCAGCAGCCCCCGCACCCACAUCACCGUGGCCCUGCCCGUGGCCCACCCCAUAGCAACCAUCGUCCUUCUCCUGAUCAGGAUGAUGAGGAGGGCAUUUGGGCGUAACUGUUUCCGUGAACCAAAGCUCCAGUUUUGUUCUGAGGGAUGAUCCAGUCACCAUUGGAGAAACAGCCAUGGCACCAAGCUGAAACCGUACUUUGAUCACUUCACCAGACUUUGCAUACAACAGGAUCCAAACAUCUGAGGAGGGUCUUUAUCUUCACCAAGCCCUGAGGAGGAGGAGGAGGAUAAGUGCAAGUGGGCCAGGCAAGGAGGCCAGAAGAUGAGCAGCUGAUGGAGGAGGGGGACAGGGUUGGAAGACAGGGGCGGGGCACCUCACGGUGCUCCCUCCUACACACAUUCUCAGACGACCACCUCGACUCCCAGGAGGAAGAGCCCCAACCCCCAUGAAGCCCCAGCCAGGAGCACCACUUGCACUUGUCCUGUGUGAAACCCUGUGACUAGUGCAACACAUCAGCCAUGUUCUCCUCAGUAGUUUAGCACAGGAGGAAUCCAUUUCACUUCCCCUGGCUUCAGUAAGAUACAUGCCCUUCCUCAGAUGUUUCGAAAACAAAAAGUGCCAUACACACGGUUUCUGACUGGGUUGUGUUUGCGUUCAUGUUGUUACCCAUGGGCAUUUUACUUCUGGAGGGCUUUGGUUUCUUCCCCAGCUGCUUGCCUUGUGUUCUACAUCAUAACGGGCAAGAGGCAUAAGAUCAGGGCAGGCUGUAUGUGUCUCAAAUCAGGGUGGCUUCUUAACCUGUUUCAGUGAAAGGCAUCUCGGAUAUCUUGAUUUUGCAUGCCUUAACGGAAAUGGGUGGGAGCCUCCCUUGAUCCUUCACUUUGCCUCACUUUACCCCGCCCGCGUCAUCCGGUUAUCCGGAAUCAGAAGUAGUUUCCAAUCCCGUCUAUGCAGUCUUUGUAGUUAUUGCCAACUCUUUUUUCUUAAUCUUAGGACUUUUUAUAUGCAUACCUGUCGACUCAUCUUCAUUGCGAUAAAACACCCUGACCUCGCCGUUGUAGCCGCAAAUUACUUCUUAAGAGUACGUGACGAUCAGGAGGUGUUCCCCUUUGUCUCUUGGACCCUUCAGAUUUUUUCAGCUAUUGUGGUGCUGCUCACAAAAUGCAAGGGAUUGGGUCACAAUAAAAAGCCAUGUUUUCAUCAUAUUAUCGCAAAAAAAAAAAAUUUGAAAAGCAUACACAGUUGCAUUCCUAAUGCAGCUGAAAAUGUAUUUACUUACUUUAGUUCUGCUCUUCUUAUUUCUUCAGGUUUUUUUGUCUUUUUAAAAAGCAUUGCUUAUAGCGUGUAUGCUGUUUGGCAAACUAAAAAAAUCAGAAUACGCAGAACAAAAAUGAGCCUCUUGGUUGCCACAGUGAGGCUCUUUUUUCACCUCUCUUGGCUUUCCAAAGGCAGACUGUCUGUCCCAGCUCUGGUAAGUUUCUGAAUGCUUAAUUGAUACAAACUGAGCAGCUCAGUUUAAGUGACUUCUAUUGUCCCUCCGAACAAGGUGGUAUGUGCCUCUGAAAUACUUUGUGUCUAUCUCUGGUCAGAUAUACAUAUGUAUGAACAUAGAGAUGAAAGUGUCUUUAGGUUUUGUUGUUUUGGGUUCUUUAAACUCGCCCAGGAAAAAAGAAUAAAAAAAAUAUGUGAGUGUUGAUUAAUGCAUCCUGAAGAGUUACCCUCUGAAAGUGAGCAAAUGAAUGAAUGUGUCCAAGAAAUCUCUGAUUGAUGUCAUUGAUGUAACUCUGCACAUGCCAGUGCAAAUUAAUGGUCUUCAAUAGGUGUGACAGAUUAUUAUUUUUGUUUUUUGGAGAAAAAAAAAACGGAAUGAAUUGCUGAUACACAUUAUUUAGGCAUUUGAGCAUUUGGUGAAGUGAAAGAUCUUUAGCAUUUUUGAGGAUUACUCUUUAACUUUGAAAGCUUGCUGCGUCUUGCUGUGUCGUUGAUUUGAACCUUCAGAGCAUGCAUUGGGCUCCAGUUGAGCCAUUGUGUUUACAGGGCAGGCUGCUGUGGGUAGAGAUUUCUAGUACUUUAUUCCAGCCUUGUCCUUAUAUGAGAGUCCGGUCAAAACUGCCACUGGAUGCUUAUCUUUGUCUUCAUGUGUGCAAAGGACAUUGCACCAUUGGAGAUUUGCAUUUUCAUUAUAUGGUGAAACUACAGUUGAAAAAGAAAAAAAAAACAUAAAUACAUAUAUAGGUUGUGUUGAGAUCAUUUAGCACAGCAGACAACAAUUGCACUUCUGAAUAAGGAUGUCAUCUUUAGGAUAACAUCUUUAAAGUGAGAAUUUAGAAGACUCCAUGGCUGAUGCAUUGCCAACUUUUUAAUCUUGCCAUUGUCAUGCUCUCUUCAUUGCUCAAAAUCUCUAUGCAGUGAUGCCAUUACUGCUGAGUGUGCAGACUUAAUGUAUGCGGGUAAUGCAGGAAGUGUGUCUUCUCAUGGCAGGGAUUGCCAUGAUGAAGCUGAAUGUGUUUAAUUCUUCCGUUAUAACGGUGGUUCUGGUUUAUAUGGAGUAGAGUGAAUGUCAGCAUAGAUCUCAGUUUUAUAUGUAUCCUUUGUUCCUUGUGAGUAUGAUAUGUAUACAUAAAGUACUCUCAGAUAAGACUCGGAAAAUCCUGAACUCAAGUUACGAGGUUUGAAUCACAUGUUUUUACUUUAUAAAAAAAUGAGAAUGAUGAUAAUGACUUUUAAGAGAAUGGUGAGAAUCAUGGCAGAAUGUGAAUGCACCAAGCUUAAAAAGUUGGCACUGCUGGUUAAGGAGCCUUGAAAGCAUCUACUUUAGUCUGGGGAUAAUGUCCUCUAUUAUCACAUCCUUAAUAUAACUACUGAAUACUUGAAGUAGGGUUCUCCUACCAUGUAACGCAUAUACAUAGUAGACAACUUAAUAUAAGAAGCAAUGUGCAGAUGCAAGUUCUUUUUAUGUAAUGUGCCAAUUUUGAACAUUGUUAUACAGACUAGAAGUCGUUUCAGUUCUGUUGACGUAGUCAAUCUAUUACUGGGAUUCACAAAGAUCGCCUUUAAAAAAAAUGGGGAUAGGUUCAUUAUAAAAAUUUAGAAACAUUCUCUUUGGUUUUCCAAAAUGCAAAUCACUGGGUUAAAUGAACACUGUGACACAUGGACACAUUUUGAUUUACCAACUACUGAACAUUCAAUUCUUACUUUUUUUUCUUAUUUUAUUAAAUUGUCAUUUCCUUUUUUUAUUCACAAAAGUAUCAGUCUGUGUGGGUUUUUCUAUAUUUUAAACAAGGUGCUGUUCAAUUAUGGAUUGCACUGUUCUGUAUGUGAUAUUUUCUGUAUACUUUGCAGAUAUUUAUUUAUUUAUUUAUUUAUUUAUUUAUUUAUUUAUUUAUUUAAUAUCUCGCAAGCACGUCACAGCUAGAUAAAUGACUUUCAUCAGGAAACAUGGGGUCAUUUUUUAUGCAUUGUGUUUUCUGGUGCAGGCCUUGGUCAUGCUGAUAGGAUGUACAAUGUCAUUGUGUGACGUGUUGUUUGAAUGUGAUGUGCCGCGAUAUUGGAUCUGCUCUUUCCCGGUGUUUCUUUGGACCCUCGAUUGAUAAUGUACAAUUUUCUUAAAAAGCGUGUGGCAUGUUUGGGUUGUAUUAUUAAAUAUAUGAUGAGGAUUUUGAUAUGGUACCACAAAAAUAAUGUCCUCAAAGACUUUAACAUGGGCAUGUUAUAGGCAGUUACCAUUAAUCAGUGUGUCUUGUAGGUUUGUAAACUGAGAGGUGUCUAGAAUUCCAAAUAUUGUUACUAUGUGUAUCAGAAUACUUAGUGUUGGCCAGCUUGUUUAUAUUCAAUCAAUAAAGGUGACUUUUCUUUCUGA